GGCGGGGCCUCGCGGCUCAAAUAGGCCGAGGCGGGGAGGAAGCGCGGAGGUGCUGCGCCGCCGCCACACGGUGCGUUCCCGCCGACGCUGAGGCCCGCUCCCAGCCCAGCAAAGUCAAGCCUAGGAGAAGGGUCACCCUGCCCUGUUUCAGAGCCCUGUCAGGUCCCAGAGAAGAGGACAGAGGACUGCGCUCUCCCCAGCCAGCCCACUCUUUAGAGUAGAGGGCAAGGACUUCUGGUCUGAAGCAGAGGGUGACAAGAGCUGCUCUGUCUCUGAAUCCAUCAUGGAACAGAUCAAUGGAUCUGUCCAGAUGGAGAGCGCGCUGCUGUACACCUUCCUGGAUGUAUCCUCUGACUGUAAGUUCAAAGAACAUCUUCAUUCCCUGCAAAACCAGGGGAUUGUGUCUCUCCUGAAAGACAGCUACUGCUAUGAUGAUGAGGUGGAACUUCAGACCGAUGGCAAUCGGAGCGGUCACUUGCAGAACGGUGAGCUAGUGUUUGGCCCUGAGGUAAAUGAAGAAGUUAUCCGGAUCAUUGCUGCUCAGCUCGCUGAGAUUGGAGACCAGUUUGAUAAAGAAAUCAAAGCAAGAGUAGUAAAUGAUCUAGUGCAGCACUUUCUGAAUGAGAAUCUGUCCGGAGAGGAGAUAACACGGCGCAUGUCGGAGGCAGUGGAAGGGCUUGUACGGGCCAUCCCCUCAGACAUGGAACGGGAGAAGGCCAUGUUGGUGCUAGCAAUGGUCUUAACUAAAAAAAUUGCCAAUACAAUGCCCUCCCUUCUACAGCGUGUCUUCAGGACCACCGUCAACUACAUCAACCAGCAGCUCCACAACUACAUUGUCAGAAUGCUGCAUGAGUGAGCCAGCUCUCCAGCCCUCUGCCUGCAGAGUGUGGAUUCCCCAAGACUUUUUUUUACUUCAUGUACGCGAAUCACUCUUCCUGUUCUUAACUUCUGAGAUACAGCUGUGACAGGGAACGGCAGAGCUCCGUAGAUAGGCUUUUGUAGACUAGCACAGCAAUGAUGGUAGUGUAAGCUAUGUGCCAGCUCUGCCAGCACCUGUAAGAACUAGUGCUUACCCUCUCUCAAUAGUCUUCUCUUUUUCUUAGCAGUAGCAGACUUUGUUCAGACCCUGGCUUGUGCCUCCAGGGGAAAUAUGGUGGGCAGAGAACCUGCCUCCUCUAUUUUUUUUGUUUCUUUCUAAUCAUCAGCCGUAGCAUUUUGCUUUAGUUAUCUUCUUCCCAGCCCUGCUCCUGGUGCUGCAGCUGAGCCAUGCUGAGUGCUAACUGUUCCCAGGAAGGCAGAAUGGGUCCACAGCACAGAUUACCAAGGGGAGGGCCAAAAAAUCAGGUUUAUUUUAGAGGGGAGCUGGCAGCAAGGGGGAAUAACCCUAAAGGAGAUAGAGGUGCUGUUUGGCCAGGGAAGGCUAAAGCAAAGAUGCUUCAGUACCAGUUGCCAUCAGCCCGUGCUUGAGAAGUAAAACCAGAUGAGAAAUUGUAAAGAAAAGGCACGGGGUAGGUACAGGGCAAAUUCUUUCAGGGAACACAACCUGGAUAUGCUUGAGGAAAAGUGUUUAGCUUUAGAGUAUCUUGCUGUACAGAGAAAGAAGGUAUCAGCCUUGGAUGAGGAAGAAUACCAGGCAUCUCUUAGGAGUGUACUGCAGACACAUCUCAGGUUCAACAAACCCAGACUCAGGUUGUUUGAUGCACACCUGUAAUCCCACAAGGCAGCAAAGACUUCACCUGUGAUCCAGCUGCCUCAGAAGUUUUGAAAGUAUGUAAAUAUUUCAUGAGAUUUUUUUAAAAUACUUAAUAAAAUUGUCAGUUCUCAUGGCAAUAUGCGUCUUAA